AUGAACCACUCAACCGACGCACAUAAUUCUGAUGGCAACAUCGAUUCAGUCCUUCGUUCGUUCGUUGGGCCGUUCUGCCCUACCCGUGCCACCAACGAACAACAACAACAACAACAACAACAACAACAACAACAAGCCUCUUUGACAAUUACAUACCCACAAAUGGCUGCCUGCAUCGAACAACCGCGACAACUCCAGUGUCAUGGAGACUUUUGCCGGUUCCGAUUUGCCUCGCCUUCGCCAUCCAGUCCCAAUAAGUCCCAGUCCCAGUUUCACUGCCCCGUCCCUGGAACGCGGCUCGAGGCUCAAGUCGAUGUCGUCCGAGGUGUACAAGUGGACCUAUCUGGGGACUCCAGAUUCCAGACUCCGGAGGAGUCCAGAAGCCGGGGGUAA